UUCUCUCAUCUUCUCUUCCCGCACGGAGAGGAACUGAAUUCUCCGAGUUGCAGUUACCGGAAGAAGAAAAUGGCGGUGUCGAACUACGAGUACCCGAGGCUCCGGCGGCCGGAGAUCGCCGCAAUCCUAGCGCAGUUCCAGAUCGCGAACGUGACGGAGCAGGAUAUCAGCAACCCUAACCCUGAUUUGAUCUACAAUCUCUACACUCGCAUCCUCAUUCAUCUCGAUUUUCUCCUCGAGGAAGAUAACGAGCAACUCAACUUCGAUGAUCUGGAGCAGCUCGAGAACCCCGAUCUCCAUGUGGAAUCAGUCCGCGCAAUCAAGCUCUAUACGAAGAUUAAGGAACUUCUCGACGCGCUUGAGUGCCCUAGGAAAUUCACCUUUGCUGAUCUUCUCAUGCCGGAACCACAGAAAACCGAGUUCUUCCUCGGCGCUCUUCUCAAUUUCUGCCUCGACAGGGAUUCGCGAAUGAAUUCGAUAUCAGAAAUUGUUGAUGAGUUCAAUGCUUUGGAGAUGCAGCGGACGGAGUUGGAGGAGAAUAGAAUUUUGCAGUUGAAAGCAGAAAUUUCUGAAUGCAAUGAAGCGAGGGAGAGAGAGAUGCCUCUUGUUCAGGAGGUUGAUGCGAAGGUUAGAGAGCUUCGUCAAACUAUCGGGGCACUGAAUCACAAGCAGGUGUCAUUGAGGACUACUAUAAAGAAGUUGAAGGAGGAUAAAGACCCGGAGAUGGAUCAGAAGAUUUCUAAUGCUGAAUUUACACUGGUACAAAGUGUGCAAGAAAAUGUAAAUCUACGCUCAAAAAUUGCUCAAUCACCUGAUAAAAUACAGAGGGCUUUAGAGGAAAAGAAAUUAGCUCGAGAGGAGGCAAGGAAUGCUGAAAGAUUAUAUAUGCAAACUUUCCAUGAGAAAUCUGCUCUUGUUGAAGUUUAUUCCAAGGUUCAGAAAAAAAUGUCAAAGCACUACCAACAGAUGCAGGCUAUACAAGAACAGGUCAAUUCUGCUAAAUCUAUUGAAAAGGAUCUAAAAGAAUUAAAAGCUAAACUUAGUGAUGAAGAAGUACUGGAGAAGUCACUUGAGGCCAAAUUGGUGGAAAGGCAAAGUAAAGUUGAGCAGAUGGAAGAGUUGAGGAAGCAGUUGGAGAAAGAGUGCAGUACUAUGUGCGAGGAAGCAACUAACUACCUAAGCAGUGCAAAAUCGGAGGUGGAAUCUAAGAGAUGCACCUUAGAAACGAGGCAGAGAAAUGUUGAGGCUGUAUUAUCUGAGGUGGAUGCUGUAAAUUGUAAAAUUACAUCAGUAAAAGAGUUGGCAUCAGUUAGAGUGGAACAGCUAGAUCGCAAAUGUGAAGAGAUAGUUGUCGAGUUUCAUAAGUAUGCAAACUCCAUUUCACGUGUUAUUAAAUCUGGACCAGAGGCAACUGAAAGAGGAGAAUUUGACAUUGUAGAUCCCGUUUAAUCAGACUGGACUUGCCCUGCAAAGUUGAGUCAUGAGUACAUGUUAUCCUCAAGACCCUGCCAUAAUUUAUUGUGCUAUUUUUUUCUUUGCUAUGACUCAUGUAAAGUUACUUGUAUCUAAUGGUUUAUGCCUGUGUGAUAUCAUCUUGCUGCAGAUGGUUUCCCACGUCAGGGUUCUUCAGUGCUUAAUCUAAUGGGUUUGUUUCCGACUAUGUAUGCUCUAGUAGACUAAUUUACCUAACUAGUUCAUCCUGGGUAGACAAAUUUUAUCUUGAUAACAUUAGUCUGCAAAAAAAUCAAGAGUUAGACUACCUACAAGGAUGAAGGCCGAUAUUUAUUUUAAUACUUUUAACACAUCUUUAUUGUAAAAUGAAUUUAUAUGGA